UUGGCAACACUUCCCAUGUAAACAAACAGCUGAUCACGGGUCGGGAGGGAGACAAGGAGAUAAAAAUAAUAAUAAUCGAAGGAAAUAGAGCAGAUAGAAGGACGACAGCAGGCAGAGAGGGGCAGGAGAAGUAGCAAAAUCAGGGAAAGGCGUCUUGGUACCAGUAAAUAAGAUAACCUAACCCAACCAAACCACGGCCAAAUCAACCGAAUCAAGACUCAACCAGGACCCUACCAAUCAGACGAGGCCCUAACAGCCCAAUUAAGACUAGCCGAUCAACCUGGCAACUAUCAAUGGACUCACAGGUUCAAUUUGAUGGGAAGCUGCUCGGCCUGGUUGACACGGCCUGGCUGGUUGACCGCUUGCCGAGUGAUGACAUUGCGGUGCCAGUUCAGGAGCUGCCGGACCCUGAACCUGAUGCCGCCACGCCCAACCAGACACUGAGACAACAGGAACACAAGUGGGGUGACCUAAUGCUUACUAAUCUCACUGACGCGCAGGGCCAGAACGCUUCAAACUGAGGGGUUGGUUAGGUUAGGUUAGGUUAGGGUAGGUUAGGGUAGGGUAGGUUAGGUUAGGGUAGGGUAAAGUAGGAUAGAUUUAGUUUGGGUAGGGUAGGUUAGAAUGACCUACCUAGUUGACCUAAUGCUUACUAAUCUCACUGACGCGCAGGGCCAGAACGCUUCAAACUGAGGGGUUGGUUAGGUUAGGUUAGGUUAGGGUAGGUUAGGUUAGGUUAGGGUAGGUUAGGGUAGGUUAGGUUAGGUUAGGGUAGGGUAAAGUAGGAUAGAUUUAGUUUGGGUAGGGUAGGUUAGAAUGUAAGGGGCAAAUUAAUGAGUGUGUGUGUGGUUAAGUUAGUUUAGGCUGUAAGAGACUGACUGACUGACUGAUUAGUGUUUAGUUGGUUAGGUUAAGUAGAAAAGAAUAUGUUGAUGAGUGUGGUUAGGUUAAGUUAGGUUAGGCUGUUUAGUUGGUUAGGUUAAGUUGAAAAGAAUAUGUUGAUGAGUGUGGUUAGGUUAAGUUAGGUUAGACUGUAAGAGACUGACUGAUUAAUUGUGUUUAGUUGGUUAGGUUAAGUUAAAAAGAAUUUGUUAAUGAUUGUGUGGUUAGGUUAAUUAGGUUAGACUUUAUGCGUUUGAGUGACUGGUUGGCAAGGUGGGCAGGUGUUAGGUUAGACUGCAAUUAAAUGCCUAAUUAAUCAUUUUUACCUGGGCACGCCUUUUUUAAAUUACUAACCGCCCCAAACACUGACGAGAAAUUUGCAAACCCCAUCCUUUUUAAUCCUGUUCUUUCUCGUAAGUGCUUAUAAAGAGUUCAUUAAUCCUGGCUAGCUGGGUUACGUUGACUGACCAACUGACUGACUAAUAUACAGGUUAGGUUUAUUUGUAUUGUGUGGGUUAGGCUUGUUAGUGACUGACUGACUGAGUGGAUGCGUGGUCAGGGUGUGUUUAGGGUAGCUGGUGCCUGACUGACUGGCUGGCUGACUGGCUGGCUGACUGGCUGGCUGGCUGGGUGACUGACUGGCUGGCUGGGUGACUGACUGGCUGGCUGACUGACUGACUGGCUGGGUGACUGACUGACUGACUGGCUGGGUGACUGACUGGCUGAUUGGCUGGCUGACUGGCUGACUGGCUGACUGACUGACUGGUGCAGGGAUAAACAUAACAUGAAAAAAAAUACACACUCGCUUAACAAAACCUAACCAGACCAAACAAAACACAAACAAAACAGGAGAAACAAACAAACGAACAAACAAACACUCACUUAACCUAACCAAAACAACCAAACAGAAAAUGGAACUCCCUAAUUUGGGCAAACGCUGCGCUGUGGUGACCUGCAAACAACUGGACUUCCUGCCAAUAAGCUGUGCAGGCUGUGGGGGUGAUUACUGCAAGGAACACAGCCUGCCUGCCUCCCACCACUGCCCUGCGGAGGAAACGAGGGAGAAGAAGAAGGAAGAAGAGGAGGAGGAAGGGAAAGAGAAGGUACCCAUUUCUCGUCACCCCUGCCAGGUGGGGGGCUGCCGAGGGGGGGAGCUGACCCCCAUACUGUGCCCCAAGUGUGGAGGGAACUUCUGCCUAGCCCAUCGACACCAGCCUGACCACAACUGCCCAGCCCUCACACAGCCAGACAACAGCAAACAGGUUGAAACAGCAGCGCACAUCAAGGGAUUGGCUGACAGAAUGAGUGUAGGCAAGAAACAGGGAAGGAAAUCUGACCAACUAGCUGCCAAGGUCCAGCUCAUGAAAUUAAAGCAAAAAGCAGUAGGAUGCAAAUAUAUACCUCAAGAAAAUCGACUUUAUCUUCUCAUCUUCCUCCCUAAACCCUCCUCCUCCUCCUCCUCCUCCUCCUCCUCCUCCUCCUCCAUACCAGUCUUUGUCUCCCAGCACUGGACAAUAGGAAGGGCCAUAGAUGACAUUGCUACACUCGCUAAGCUGGAGAACAAGAACAACAUCCUAGGGGCCUCCAAGUUACGCCUCUUUCACCUAGGUAGUGGCUCGCUGAUCGGCCCCACUGACCAGACCCUUGCAGACGCGCUGGGGGACACACUGUUUAACGGGCAGAGUGUGGUUAUGGAAUAUGUAGAGGAAGGUACGAUGCGUCUUGUGAAUUGUGCUGAGUAUAGGGUGUGAUGUGGUGGUGUGGUGGUGGUGGUGGUGGUGGUGGUGGUGGUGGUGGUGGUGUGUGAGGAUGUUUUAGUCUUUUUUUUUUAUUAUUUUUAUUGUUUUUGUAAUGUUUCUCUCUCUCUCUCUCUCUCUCUCUCUCUCUCUCUCUCUCUCUCUCUCUCUCUCUCUCUCUCUCACGUACUAUUGUAAUAAAAAAAUAAAAUGUUAAACUAUU